CUCGACGGCAACUCUUAUUGCGGGUUCAGUCUGUAAUCAUUAGGGGCUUUUUCUUUUAGGGGCGCCCCGCACCCUGGCGCACGCACCCUUCCUGUUCUCUAGAGUGGGGCAAAGGUGCUUCUCCCUGCAGACCCCAACCACACCUAGUGACAGAUGAAUUUCUUUGUAACUGACUUCUUCACUUGAGGGUCCAUUUUGAAUCUGUUCUUAACAUGGUGUCCUCUUUGUCAAGUAGAUAGUUCUUGGACAGAUGGCUUUGGUAGUUGAAAGCAUAUGAGAUAAAUGUAGGGAAGGUAAAAAUGUUUUUAACUCUCAUGUAGACCAACGAAAAAAAUGUAGCUUAAAGUUGACAAAAGUUAAGGUUCAAUUUUCUUUAUGUUUAAACUUGGGGCAUUUAGUACUUUCGAAGCAUGUUAGUGGAAACAGUUGAGAAUGCUAUGAAAAAGUCUAGAAAGCGAAAUAAAUGUUUAAGGAAUUCAUAAGAGUCUUGAACUUUCUAUGAUUGUUGAAGUGAUGAAAUAAGACACUAAGCUGGAUCAAUCUGGGAACUUCAUUAAUUUGAGAAUCUGUAGGUUAGGUGUAGUUUACUGAUACUGUUGGCUUGGUUUUUUUCUGUACUUAAAGGUUCCUGAAUAGAAAACCAUUUCAGCUGACUCACUGAAAUUUACUAACAUUUUCAGAGUCUUCACUGCAAAUCUAUGAAAAUUUACUCAUAAUUUUUCAGCAAGUCUGUAUUUUUCUGGAAUUCACAAAGACAUGGCAUUGUACGGACAUGUUUGGGGUGUUAGUAUUUCACAGGGAAGAUACUAUCUUUUAUGAUCACUGUUCCUGAUUGUGACAUUGUUCAACUAUUAAAUCGUGCCUUUUGUUCCUUGAAGAAAGAGGUCUUUGUGAUGCUGUGCCUGCCUGCUCACCUGUCAGCUCACCAUUGUGUUCCACAAUUAUUAUUAUUACUAUUUUUGGUACCGAGAUUGAACUCAGGACCUAGCGCUUGUCAGGCAGGAACUUAUGCCGCUGAGCUAAAAUCUCCGGCCCACCACAAUUUUUGGGUCUCGUUAUAUGGUUCAGGCUGGCCUUGAGCUCACUUUGUAGCACAGACUGGUCUCAAACUUGCAGCAAGUGGAGUAAAAUUCCAGAGAGUGAAGGAAUGGAGAAGGUGAAUUGACAUAUGCAGAAUCUUGGUUAUUUUGAAGAUGUCUCAGCAGAAUACUGCUUCCUGUUUAAAUUACAAAUAGCAUCAAGAAUUUUCAGAGCAAAAGAAAUUGAAAUUAUUAGAUCAUGCCAUCUGAACAGAACAAGUUAUUUUGUGAUAAAGAAGAAACUACUCUAAAAAUAGAAUAUGGAAUGAAAAAUCUGGUAGUUGAUACUGUCAAAUCAGUACCUAAACCAAAAAUUUCAGAAAGUAUUUCUCAUCAUGAACUAAAAAAUGUAAAAAUUGACUUGCCGAAAGUAAAUAUUCCAAAUGAAGUCCUAAUGAAACAUGAAGUCAACAAAUACAGAAAAUUAUUUUGUAGCAAACCACAGACUGCAAGAAAAUCUAUCAGUAGAAAGACUGUAAGCUGUGUAGAAGAAUGCACAUUGCUUCAGAAAUCUGAGAGAGCAGAAGAAGAGGGUAUAAAAAUGUCUGCAAAAAUACUCAACUUCAGCUGUUUAAAAUGUGGUGAUAACACUCGAUAUAGCCCAAAUGACUUGCAGAAACACUUUGAAAUGCAGCAUCAUGGUGAAUUGCCUUCAUAUCCUUGUGAAAUGUGCAGUUUUUCAGCAAAUGACUUCCAGAUAUUUAAACAACACCGCCAAACCCACAGAAGCACUUUAGUAAAAUGUGACAUUUGUAACAGUGAGUGUGUAUACACUUUAUUGGACUUGACGAAACAUUUCAUAUCCACACACUGUGUUAAUGGUAAUUUCCAAUGUGAAAAGUGCAUAUUCUCCACCAAGGAUGUUGGCACAUUUGUUCAGCACAUUCACAGACACAAUGACAUUCAUUAUAAAUGUAGUAAGUGCCAACAUGUGUCUUUUACCAAAGGAGAGCUUCAGAAGCAUCUUCAUGUUCAUUCUGGUAGUCUUCCUUUUACUUGUCAAUAUUGUAGCUAUGGUGCCGCCAGGAAAGACCAUCUUGUAAAACAUGUUAUAACUUUUCACAAAGAACAUUUAUAUGCAAAAGAAGAACUGGAGAAAGAUAAAUAUGAAAAGAGGAUGGCAAAGACUUCAGCAGGACUUAAGCUAAUACUGAGAAGAUAUAAAAUAGGUACAUCCAGGAAGGCGUUUUGGAUACGUAAGAAAGUUAACAGUGGAAGUGACAGAAGCAUCAACAAAAACACUCAAGUGCUUAAUGUAAUAAACAAUACACAGAUUAAAUCUGAAGACCAAAGUUAUGUUGGUCAAGAGAAUUUAAAUGAAGAGAAAGGUGAGAGACUAGGUGAGAGACUACAUUGUGAGAAUAGUGAUAUGCCCACAGAGUCAGAGUCAGAAAAGCCAGUCUUUCUAGACAGUGGACAGUGUAAUAGAGCUGAUGAGAGAUCAAAUUCUACUUCAGAUUUCUUGAAGACAGCUCUACAAGGACCCACAGUGUUAAUGGUAAAAAAUAAUAAAAUCACAGUUCCUGCAAACUAUAGUGCUAAGUUUAUGGGCUUCAGGAUGGUGGAUGGAAGACAACAUAUUGUAAUAAAGUUGUUGCCUACCAAUAAGCAGAAUUUAUAUUUAUCAGCUUCACAGUCAGAUGCUGCAAAGGACAGUACUGCUAAUUUGCAGCCCCAGACUUUGGAUACCACUGGAUUUUUGACAGGAGUGACAACUGAUUUAAAUGAUCCAGUUUAUGUGAAAACAACUCCAUUUUCAUAUUCAUCUCCUACACUUUCAGGGAAAGUCAUUUCAGAAAAAGAAACGGCUUUGAUGAAUGAAAAGAAUAAUAUGCUUCAGACUGUGGAUUACAAUAAAACUGUGUCUUCUUUGCCAGCAUCACCAGAACUGGUUAGCACAUCAGUGAGUUUGACCACAAAAGUAGAAGGAAGAGAUACUGUUGACUUAUGGGGAAAUCGUAUCACUCAACAUCAUCCCGAAAUAUUAAAUACCAUCAAUAAAAGUCCGGAUAAAGUCAACCGUAGUACCAAACCAAAUGUAUAUAGCAAUGGAGAUAUGCAUAACUAUUGCAUUAAUUAUGUCAACUCUGAGAUACGUGUUGACUCCUCCAACCAAGGAUCGUUACCUUUCCAUAAUUACUCAAAAGUGGAUAACUGUAAUAAACGUCGUAGGCUUUCAGGAACACCAUUAUGUGAAAGUUUUCAAAGAGAAUCUUCAACAAGCAAACUAACUGUUCAACAAAUUAGUGAGACAGUUCUAUCACUGGUGAGGAAGGAGAGCUCAAACCCAGAUAGCCUAUUAGCAUCUGUCAGCCUUUUAAAUGAUAAAGGUGGAACUCUAAAAAUGAAAGCUGAAAUGGAAGAGCCAUGUGUUUUAGAAAAAGGACAAAAUACUGAUGGACAAAACCUCUACACUAAUGAAAACCAAAAUUUAGAGUGUGUGGUUGAACAACCAAAAUGGAAUGACUUUUCUAGUGCUGAUUCACUUAUGCCUAGGAUCACAUCUGUUUUCUCUCUCCAGAGCCAACAAGCAUCAGAAUUUUUGCCACCUGAAGUAAACAAAUUACUUCAGGAGGAAUUAAAACCAAAAUAUAUAAAACAAGACUCUAAAAUUCCAAAUAAAAGCCUGAUACUUCAUUGUGACCAGUCACUUCAAAAACACGAGGGAGAAGGAACAGUAGUUAAAUCAUCAAAAGGCAUCAAAGUAGAAGGUGUCUUCCCAGGUCCAUCUGGCAGUGUUGGUGUUAGUAUGGCUACAAAUGAUCUAAAUUUAAAAUUUAAUGGAAAAGAUAAACAAGUGCUAUCAGUUUCACAGGAUGUUAGAGAUUCAGAGAAGACACCUAGAAUUUCAGGUAUUAGCACAUUACUUAAGACUCAGUCAGAUGCAAUAAUAACACAGCAGCUUGUAAAAGACAAAUUACGAGCCACUACACAAAGUUCAGGUUCUUUAUAUAUGCAGAAUCCACUUCUAAACUCAGAGCAGAAAAAAUCUUUAUUUGUUCAAACUCCAAAAGGUUUUUUUAUACCAUUACAUGUCGCUAACAAGCCUGGAUUCCAUGUUGUUUCAGGAAGACCACUUCCACUGGUUAAUACACAGGGUGUGCCUGCUUCUCUUCUUUUAAACAAGAAACCUGGGAUUAUUUUGACAUUUAAUAAAAAACCUGAAGGUGGUUCUGCUCUCAAAACUGAGAGUGCACCAGCAUGUGGAAUUACAAAUAAGGAGCCUUGCAAAACAUCUUUUUUAAAGGUAGAACAAAAUAGUAAUUGUCUUACACCUGUGCUUUGUUCCAGCAUUGGCAGUUGUUUGAGCAUGAAAAGUAGUUCAGAAAAUACAUUGCCAUUGAAAGGUUCUUAUGUUAUUAAAACAUCAAAUUCUUCAGCGAAAGUUGUCCCUACUACUAAUGUGUUGUCUGAGCAGCAAAGCACAAAGUUGAGUAUCUCGGAUGAAGUAAAACAGCCGAAUGAAAAGUUUCCAAAAUCUCCUCUUUAUACCCUUUUGCCUGAUGGCAAACAAGCUGUUUUGUUGAAAUGUGUGAUGCCAAAUAACACUGAGUUGCUUAAGCCCAAGUUAGUUCAAAAUAGUACUUACUAUCAAAAUAUACAGCCAAAGAGACCUGAAGGAACACCACAAAAAAUACUGCUGAAAAUCUUUAACCCUGUUUUAAAUGUUACUGCUGCUAAUAGUAUGCCAAUUAGCAGCUCUGUAUCCUCAUUUCAGAAAGACAGUGUACCUUCUAAUGAGACUAUAGAGCAGAAAGAGCCGGAAUCUUCUAGAGAUGCCUUACCUUUCUUAAUGGAUGAUGUGAUGCCAGCGAAUGAAAUUGUUAUAACUUCUACUGCAACAUGCCCAGAAACUUCUGAGGAACCAGUGUGUAUCAGUGACCAUCCAGAGGCUAGAGUAUUAAGGUGUAAAACAAAUUGUACAGUUGAGAGAAAUUUCAACAAAAGAACUUCGAAAAGAAAUUUUUCAAAAAUAAAAACUCAGGUAAGAAGCAAAGAUUCUGAAACUGCCUUUGUAUCUAGAAACAGAAACUGUAAACGAAAGUGUAAGGAUAAUUACCAAGAACCUCCAAGAAAGAAAUCAACAUUGCAUAGAAAGUGUAAGGAAAAGACUAAAGCUGAAGAUGGACAUGAAACAUUUGGAUUUAGUGGACCUAGGCUUUCAAAAGAUUCAGUCAGAAUUUUGCGACUUUUCCCUUUUUGCUCCACGCAGCUUGUGAAAUGUCCUAGGAAAAACCAACCUGUUGUGGUUUUGAACCAUCCUGAUGCAGAUACACCAGAAGUAGCAAAUGUAAUGAAAACUGUCACUAAAUUUAAUGGACACAUAGUUAAGGUUUCAUUGUCGAAAAGAACUGUAAGUGCUUUACAGGAACCCAUUUGUUGUAACACUUCUGAAACAGUUUUUGAUGAUUUUUCCAAGAGGCAUAAAACAUUUAAACCUGUUAGUUCUGUGAAAGAAAGGUUUGUGCUAAAACUAACACUCAAAAAGACAAGCAAAAAUAAUUACCAGGUUGUGAAAACUACCUCUGAAAAUAUCUUGAAAGCUAGGUUUAACUGUUGGUUUUGUGGUAGAGUAUUUGACAAUCAGGAUGCUUGGGCUGGUCAUGUGCAGAGACAUUUAAUGGAAGCUACUCGGGAUUGGAAUAUGUUAGAAUAGUUUACCAAAGUUACUAACAGAAAGCAAAAUUAGAAGGAAACAGUGGAUUUAGUUAACAUAGUAUGGACAUUUUCUACUCAGAAUAGUUCCUGCCAUAUUUUAGAAGUUGGUAAUACUUCCAUGGAAGAGUGAAAACUUUUGUGUGGUACUUGAAAAUGCUACCAUUACACACAUAAGUUUUGCGAGUAAAACACCAUCAUAGAUGUAUCUUGAUUUAAUUUCUUAAAAUAUUUAUGGGAAGUUAUGGUUAAAGAAAAUUUUGAUCAGUUUUUCCAGUUUAGUUCCUUUGGGAUUCUUAGUACAGGUAAUGGCAGACAACUUCAUUCCCACCAGCUUCCACUAGUCUUAAGUACAGCUCCUGUGAAGAUGGAGAGCUCUUUUGCAAUGUAACUGAGUUUCUCAUCACUUACAAAUAUACAGACACUGAGUAAAGAAGUUGCUCUACAUUGCUAAUUCAGUUCAUUUGAAGAAUAUUAGACUCCUUUGCAAAGUACAUUUAAGUUAUCAUAGUUACAUUGUUCUUUUAAGAGUUUUGGGCAAGUAAAUCUUGUUUUGUCUUAAACUGUGUCCCGCGUCAGAGAUUAGAACACCUUUCCAAGGCGAUUCUCUUUUGUUCUAAAUGGCUGUUUUGCAGUACAUGGGCAGUCUUGAGAAAAAAAAUCAGUCUGUUUAAUUUUAAAAUCCAAUUAAUCAUUUCUAGCAUUUUUGCAAACUAGAUUAUAUUUACCAGUCAUACUCUUGCAUAGAUCUAUGCCUGUCUUGAUUUAAGGUUUUUUUUCCUCAUAAACCAACAAGCGUCUUUUUUUUUUUUUUUUUAUGGUUGUUGUCCCUUUAAAAACCAUAGAACAUAGAAGCACUUCAAAGGGAAUGGAUUCUCCUGAAAAUCAAAAUUUUUACACAUAAUUUGAAACGAUUAACAAAGUAGAUCACGUAUUUGUAUGUUUAAUUACUAGUAUUUAAACACUGUAAACGUCCAGAUUAGGACAAACUUCUUGGCUGUGUGUGUAUAUGUGUUUAUUUCUUUUGUUUGUUUUUAAACAGGGUCUUGCUACGUCAGACUGGCCUUGAACUUGCUAUAUUUCCCAGGUUGAUCUUGAAUUUACUGUCGUCCUACAUCAGCCUUAUGGGCAUGUGCCACCAGGCCCAGCUAGCCAAACCACUUUUGUUAGCAACUUUUCGGUAUGACUAACAGCCCGGGUAAAUACAUACUAAAAAUAGGUUUUUGAAAGUGGGAAAGCAUUAACAGUGGACACAGUGUUACUUCAUAAAACUUUAGAUUCCUGAGGGACAUGCCCGCUAGAGUUUCAAAAUGAACAUUUUCAUGAGAAUAGAAUCAGUAGAUACAUACUUUUCAUCUUUCAGGCUUGCGUUGUCUUGUUGGAUCAUUGGAUAAUAAAGUUCUUAUCACAAAAUUAUGUGCUAUAUAAUUUUUGUUACAUUGUUAACUAUAAGUUAAUGAUAUUUUCAUUAAUUGGAUAAAAACUUCAGGGCUUUUUUUCUGUAUAUAGCAAAUUAAACCUGUACAUAAUUUUGUACUUUGUUAUGUAAAUUUUGCACAGAAAGUUUUUGACAAAAAAUUAGUUUAGUUCUGUGCAUGCACUAAUAAAACUGGUUGUUUAAUUUAAAAUGAAUAUAUUUACAAGGCUUUACUCAUGUUUAUUUUCUUGGUUUUUAUGUCAGAUGUAGAUUUUUUUAAGUAAAUUGAUUUUUCAGGGAUUGAACACUAUUAGCAAGUGCCUAAAAAAGAUGUGAAACAGUUUACAUAUGUCAACUGUAACAGUAGGUCCCAAAUGGGCCCAUUCCCCUAAUAGUUUUAUUUUAAAGAAAGCCAUACAUAGAUGCUUCAAGCUAUCUUGCUAUGCAGAUGAUACUCGUACUGUUUUUGUGCAGUUUAUCUACUUUCUUAGUGAAGUAUUUUUUUGUAUGAAACCUGUUAAAAUUGUGUUUCUUAAAUUGAGCCUAAGAAUGGAGUUAAUUGGAAAUAUAUAGUAUAUAUUAAUGUAUAUCAUGUUUAAAGAAUGGUAAGCAUUGUUAACUUCAUUGUUAAUGAACAUUUCCUUCAAUUAAAGUUACAUUAAAUUUGUGUUUA